AUGUUCUUGAAGACUUUAUUUAAUCAUCAUUCUUUUCUUGACAAUUCUUUCUUUUUUUUCGCUUUUGAGUGCUUUAUUUUCCUAACAUCUUUAGUUUUUUCACCUUUCCAUCUUUAUUUAAGAUGGAAAGCUGAUAGUGUUUUUGUUUCUCUUCAGUAUUCUUUUAUUUUUUCCUCUCUCCUUUUUCAAAUUUACCUCAAUAAAGUCCUUUCUUUGAGUUUCAUUUCAUUCUUUUUCUUUUCUUCUUUUCUUUCCUUUUCACUUUUGCUUUUCUUUUCUUUUUUUUUUCUUCUUUCUUUUUUCUUUUCCUUUUCACUUUUCUUUCUUUUUUCUUUUUCUUUUCUUUCUUUUUUCUUUCAGUUUCUUUUUUCUUCCUUUUCUGUUUCUUUUAUUUUCUUUCCUUCUUUCAGUUUCUUUUCCCUUUUCUUUUUCUCUUUCUUUUCUUUUAUCCUCUUUUCUUUUUCCUUCUUUCUUUUCCUCCUCUUUGAGUUUAUUUUCUUCCCUUUUUUCCUUCUUUCCAUAUCUUUUCUUUCUAUUUUCCUUCUUUCUUUUGCUUCCAUUCUUCCCCCAUUUCAUUCACCAAAUUGUUUUUCUUCCUUCUUUCCAUCUUCUUCCACAUUUUCUUUUUUUUCUUUGCAUUUUCUUCCUCACUUUCUUCAUUCUCCACCAUUUUUUUUUCAUUAUCUUCAUUUUACCCUUUUUCAAUCAUCUUUUCCAGUGUUGUCUAUUUCAUUCUUUUUCUUCAGUUCUUUUUUUGACUUCAUUUUUCACCAUUCUAAAUCCUCCCCACCCCACAUUCUUUUUUUUCUCAUUCUGCUUUUCCUCUUUUUCUCGUAUCCUUUGUUUAAAAAAAAAUCAUUAGAUAUUUGA